AAAAAGUACUCCCUCACAGUCCCUCUAUCCCAAAUGAUUCCAUAUAAAAUUCAAAGUCCCAACUAAGAAUUAAACAUAGCCCUUCUUCUGGGACUAGUUAUUACUCUGUUAAUAUUUUGGGCUAGUGCCAUUAUCUGAAGAAAUAUACCAGUCAUGGCAGCAAUGGUUCUGAAAGAACAAACAACAAUGCUACAUGUUGUGUUCAUUCCGUACACCAUGACGAGCCAUAUAACUCCAUUAGUACAUACUGCUAGACUUUUCGCCCUUCAGGGCCUCAGGGUCACAAUCAUUACUACUCCAUAUAAUGCCCUCCUUUUUCACUCCUCCAUUGAUGAAGAUCGUCUCGUGUCUGGCAGCAACAUUACUGUCCAGACACUUCAAUUUCCGUCGGAUGAAGUUGGCUUACCUGUGGGAGUUGAAAACUUCAUCGCUAGCCCUAAUAUGGAAAUAGUUGGCCAAGUUCACUAUGGUUUUAUUCUGCUUCAAAAGCCCAUGGAGCAACUAAUUCGCCAACUCAAUCCAAACUGCAUUGUUUCCGACAUGUUCUUCCCUUGGACUGUUGAUUUGGCUGAGGAGUUGGGAAUUCCGAGGUUCUCUUUUCAACCGGCAACUUUCAUCCAUCAAUGUGCUUGGCAUUUUCUUAAGACAUAUACACCUCACAAGAAGGUGGCAUCGGAUACUGACAGAUUCUUGAUCCCCGGCUUGCCUCUCGAGAUCAAAAUGAAACGCUCAGAGAUGGAAGAUUUCCUUAAAGAGGAGACUGAAUACAAAAAGACAGUGGAUGCAAUAUUAGAAGCUGAGCUUCGUAGCUAUGGCAUUAUUCAUAACACUUGCUCUGAGCUAGAACCUGGAUUUCCCGAAGUCUACGAAAAAGUUAGAGGAAGAAAAGGUUGGCACAUAGGUCCUCUAUCUCUGUUUAUCAACAAACAUGAAUCGGAAAUUAGCUCAAAUGAAAUUUCCAAUUCCAACUCUUGUUCCGACCCUUGGAAAGACAGCGGUGAAUGUUUGAAUUGGCUUGAAGAUCAAGAACCUAAUUCUGUUCUCUUUGUUUGCUUUGGGAGCAUGGUAAGAUUUUCCGGUGAUCAGCUAAAGGAAAUGGCUGUAGCAUUGAAAUCCGCCAACUGUCCGUUCAUUUGGGUGGUUAGGGAGCAGGAGAAAAAUCAAGAAGACGAGAACGAUCGUUCUGACUGGUGGCCCAAUGAUUUCAAAGAAAUGGUUGUAAAAAAGAAUAGGAAGGGCUUUAUCAUUGAAGGUUGGGCCCCGCAGAUAUUAAUCCUGAAGCAUCGAGCAAUUGGAGGUUUCUUGACUCAUUGUGGUUGGAAUUCUGUACUUGAAUCCCUAACUCUAGGUGUUCCAUUGAUCACAUGGCCCCUGUUCUCAGAGAACUUUUACACCGAGAAGCUUUUGGAGCAACUUGAACUUGCAAUUGGAGUUGGGGCAGAUGUAUGGAACUCGGGGUUUAUAGUGUCCAGUCCGGUGGUUUCAAGAGAAAAGAUAGAGUUGGCGGUCAGGCGUUUGAUGUAUGAUUCAGAGGAAAGUAGAAAAUUCCGAGCAAAUGCUAAGUUGAUGGCAGAGACCCUGAAGCGUGCCACUGAAGAAGGAGGUUCGUCUCAUUCACAGCUCAUCGAGUUGAUUGAGGAGAUCAAGCGAUGUGCUUUCAAGAACUCCUCUUGAAAUUUAUCUUUAAUUGUAUCACUUGAAAUAGAUUUGACAAGUGGUGUUGGCCACAUGAGUGUAAUAUGUUAACAAUGUUCCAGUUUUUAUUUUUCUUUAAAUGCUCUGCGGUUUCAUUUGUCAUUGCGCAAACACAAAAGCUUCAAAAUACUU